AUGUAUCGCCAAAUUCGCGUCGAUCAACGCGAUCUCAAUUACCAACGCAUUUUAUGGAAUGCAACACCGCAUGAACCGCCUACUGACUACCAGCUGUUAACAGUCACGUACGGUAUGUCCUGCGCGCCCUUCCUCGCUCUUCGCGUUUUGAAACAACUCGUCGACGACGAAGGUCACCGAUUUCCGCUCGCGGUAUCCAUUCUACGCGAGAACAUUUACAUCGACGAUAUUCUAUUCGGCGCAGACAACGCGGAGUUCAUUCGACAAGCGCGAGACCACGUAAUCGCUAUCCUGAAAUGCGGCGGAUUCGAUUUAAGAAAAUGGGCCAGUAAUUCGCCCGCUCUCCUCGCGGAUCUUGAUCCCGCCACUCUGAGUUCGGCAGGCAAAAAACCUUUCUCCCCUGACGAACAAAUCAAGGUGCUCGGUAUCGGAUGGAAUCCUACCACCGAUAUUUUUGAAUUCAGCGUCGCACUUUCGAGCCCCGUUCCAUCUAGCAAACGUGCCAUUCUGUCCGCUAUUGCGAAACUGUACGACCCUCUCGGAUGGAUCUCGCGAUGGUGCGGACUCGGAUCGGACGUUGAGUCCGCUGAAAUACACGGCUUCGCCGACGCGUCGAACACUGCUUACGCUGCUGCCGUGUAUCUUAAAGUUGUUUCGUCGGGACAAACUACCAUUUCCUUGCUAGUAGGUAAAUCAAAGGUCGCGCCGUUAAAACCGCUAAGCGUGCCACGAUUAGAAUUAUCCGCUGCGUUACUCCUUGCUCGACUUGUCGAUUUCGUGCGCGAAUCACCCGGUUACAGCCAUCUUCCGUACUUUUGUUGGACGGACUCCACGAUCGUCCUCGCGUGGGUGACUCAGCAUCCGUCGCGAUGGAAGACAUUUGUUGCCAAUCGCGUGAAUGAAAUUCAAUCUCGUCUUCCAAACGGGAAGUGGCAACACGUCUCGACAGAAGACAAUCCCGCGGAUUGUGCUUCGCGCGGCCUACUCGGCAACGAAAUCGUCAGUCACGACUUGUGGUGGCACGGACCAUCUUGGCUGCGCCUUGAUGCUCCCGCAUGGCCUUGCUCCGACGCACGACUACCUCCGCAAGCUCCAUUGGAGGAAAAGGUCAUAGCCUUGCAAUGCUCUCCCCCGAACGACACUUGGGAUCUCCCGACGCGAUAUUCCUCAUGGCCUAAAUUAAUUCGCGUCACCGCCUAUAUUUUGAAGUUCGUACGCUUAUGCCGCCGCUCCGGUUCUAACGACAAUUCCUUGUCAUCCUCUUUAAAACCGCUUAUUAUUUCCGCAUCGGAUUGCAACAAUGCACGAAUAUUUUGGUUAAAAAAGAUUCAAUCGAGCACAUUUCCGGCUGAAAUACAUUCUCUGGCCAACAAUCAUCCCCUCUCGUCUAAAUGCUCGAUUCUCGCUCUACGGCCGUUCCUUGAUAAGGACGGAAUUCUACGCGUGGGUGGGCGGUUGGCUAAGGCCCCCCUGUCAUUUUCUGUUCGGCAUCCGAUUCUCCUGGCGACCCAUCCAUUGGUGUCGCUGAUUGUAACUCAGGCUCAUCUACGGGCAUUACAUGCCGGACCUCAGCUCACGAUAAGUUUGUUACGUCGCGAUUUCUGGAUUCUCCGCGCUCGUAACAUCGUAAGAUCCAUAAUUCAUAACUGUGUCGUAUGUACGCGCGAACGCGCCGCGAUUCCUACCCAACUAAUGGGCGACCUUCCCGAGGCUCGUGUGUCGGCGUCUGCUCGCAGUUUUUUGCAUUGCGGGGUAGAUUAUGCUGGUCCCGUGCAGAUUCGCGCUUCUGCGGGUCGAGGCAUUACAUCGCGUAAAGCCUAUAUCGCCCUUUUCAUUUGUCUAGCGACCAGAGCGAUACAUUUAGAGCUAGUCGGAGAUUACUCCACCUCGGCUUUUUCAAACGCCUUUUCCCGUUUUUGCGCACGUCGCGGCCUUCCCCAAGCCAUGUAUUCUGAUAACGGAACAACGUUUGUCGGAGCUGAUCGCGAAAUGACCAAAGCGUACAGAGCGGCUGUGCGCGAUCCUAAUUUUUUAAAUUUAACCGCAUCUGAUAAUAUAACGUGGAAUUUCAUUCCACCAUCUGCUCCGCACUUCGGCGGCUUGUGGGAGGCCGGCGUACGAAGCGUUAAAAACCAUUUGCGUCGCGUGUUAGGCACUCAUAGGCUCACCUUCGAGGAAUUCACCACUUUGUUAUGCAGGAUCGAAGCCUGCUUAAAUUCACGUCCGAUCGCGCCUCUUUCGAACACGCUAAACGAUUACGAAUGUUUAACUCCGGGUCAUUUUUUGGUCGGAUCCGCUCUGAUUGUAAAUCCGGAACCAUCGCUUCUUCAACUCAACGAGAACUGCCUUUCGCGAUGGCAACUCGUGCGACACAUCACCGAGCGAUUCUGGAAAUUAUGGUAUAAUGAUUACGUUACCACAUUACAACAACGAACAAAAUGGCGACAAGUCCAGCCACAAAUUCAGAUCGGUCAACUCGUUCUCUUACGAAACUCCAUGUUACCUCCAUGUAAGUGGGAGCUUGGCCGAGUGACACAGUGUCACGCUGGUUCCGACGGAUUAGUUCGUGUGGUUACUGUCAAAACAGCCACGUCCGAGUAUCAACGACCUAUCGUUAAACUGUGCGUUCUCCCGAUCGAUAGCGAGGCGUCGAGAAACUAA